GCCGGGCGGCGAGGCCUCCCCGGCAGCUGCGCAGAGGGGCCGGGGGAGCCGGCGGGGAGGGCGGUGCAGGCCAAUGAGUUAAAGAGUCGCCGCCGCCGCUCGGGCAAGAGUCGCGCCACAACCACCCCGCCGAGUUUGGGGUUUUCCUUUCCUCUUUAUUCCCUUCUCCUCUCCCUCAUACCGACAGCCGCCCGGUCGCACUUCCCAGGCCGCCCCCACCCCCGCCAGCCUCCCUCCCGCCAGCCGUGCCUGUCCUGGGGCCGCCCGCACCAUGCCGUCUGUGCCGCUGCCGCCCAAGGAGAGCAACCUCUUCAAGCGGAUCCUGAAAUGUUACGAACAGAAACAGUACAAAAAUGGACUCAAGUUCUGCAAGAUGAUUCUCUCUAACCCAAAAUUUGCUGAACAUGGAGAAACGCUGGCCAUGAAAGGACUGACCUUGAACUGCUUAGGGAAGAAGGAAGAAGCAUAUGAAUUUGUUCGUAAAGGACUUCGUAAUGAUGUGAAGAGUCACGUCUGUUGGCAUGUCUAUGGUCUUCUGCAACGUUCUGAUAAGAAGUACGAUGAAGCCAUCAAGUGUUACCGGAAUGCACUCAAACUGGAUAAAGAUAAUCUACAGAUACUUAGAGAUCUCUCUCUGUUGCAGAUUCAGAUGAGAGAUUUAGAAGGGUAUAGAGAGACAAGGUACCAGCUUCUUCAGCUGCGCCCCACACAACGGGCUUCCUGGAUAGGAUAUGCCAUUGCAUACCACUUACUGAAAGACUAUGAUAUGGCCUUAAAACUACUUGAAGAAUUUAGAAAAACUCAACAGAUUCCACCCAAUAAAAUAGAUUAUGAAUAUAGUGAAUUGAUUUUAUAUCAAAAUCAAGUGAUGAGAGAGGCAGAUCUAUUUCAGGAGUCUUUAGAACAUAUAGAGACGUAUGAAAAGCAAAUAUGUGAUAAACUAAUAGUAGAAGAAAUUAAAGGAGAGAUGUUGUUGAAGUUGGGAAGGCUGAAAGAAGCUGGUGAAGUAUACAAAGAGUUAAUUGAGCGCAAUGCAGAGAACUGGUAUUAUUAUGAAGGCUUGGAAAAGGCACUGCAACCUAGCACUUUAGAAGAGAGGCUUCAGAUUUAUGAAGAAGUUAGUAAAAGACAUCCCAGAGCAGUUUCACCUAGAAGAUUACCUUUAAACUUUGUUUCAGGUGAAAAAUUUAGAGAACUAAUGGAUAAGUUCCUGAGGGUUAACUUCAGUAAAGGCUGCCCACCCUUGUUUACCACUUUGAAAUCUUUAUAUUACAAUCCAGAAAAGGUUUCUACAAUCCAAGAACUUGUUAUGGGUUAUGAAACCUCUUUGAAAACUUGUGACCUUUUUAGUACAUAUGAAAACGGAGAGAAAGAGCCCCCAACGACACUGCUUUGGGUUCAGUAUUUCCUGGCACAGCACUUUGACAAACUUGGCCAGUGUUCUUUGGCCUUGGAUUACAUUAAUGCUGCAAUUGCAAGCACUCCAACAUUAAUAGAACUGUUCUAUUUAAAAGCAAAAAUUUACAAGCAUGUAGGUAACCUCAAAGAAGCUGCCAAAUGGAUGGAUGAAGCACAGUCUUUGGAUACUGCAGACAGAUUUAUCAAUUCUAAGUGUGCUAAAUACAUGCUGCGAGCAAACAUGGUGAAGGAUGCUGAGGAGAUGUGCUCUAAAUUCACAAGAGAAGGAACUUCUGCUAUGGAAAAUCUAAACGAGAUGCAGUGCAUGUGGUUCCAGACUGAAUGUGCUGCAGCUUAUCAAAGACUGGGGAAGUAUGGUGAUGCCUUGAAAAAAUGCCAUGAAGUGGAAAGGCAUUUUUUUGAGAUAACAGAUGAUCAAUUUGACUUCCACACAUACUGCAUGAGAAAGAUGACUCUUCGUGCCUAUGUAGACCUUCUGAGAUUAGAAGAUGUGCUCAGGAAACAUGCCUUCUACUUCAAGGCUGCUAGAUCAGCAAUUGAAAUCUACUUGAAGCUCCAUGAUAAUCCUCUUACCAAUGAAAGCAAAGAACAGGAAGUUAAUUCAGAAAAUCUAUCUGCCAAAGAAUUGAAGAAAAUGCUUAGCAAGCAAAGGAGAGCACAGAAGAAAGCAAAACUUGAAGAGGAAAGAAAACAUGCAGAAAGAGAGCGACAACAAAAGAAUCAAAAGAAAAAGCGAGAUGAAGAGGAGGAGGAAACUAGUGGACCCAGGGAAGAGCUGGUUCCUGAAAAACUGGAAAGGGUAGAGAAUCCAUUAGAAGAAGCCAUUAAGUUCCUUACACCACUUAAGAAUCUUAUUGGAGAUGAAAUAGAAACACAUUUAUUAGCAUUUGAAAUAUACUUUAGAAAAGGAAAGUUUCUGUUAAUGUUACAGUCUGUCAAGAGAGCUUUUGCUAUCAACAGUAACAACCCGUGGCUACAUGAGUGCUUGAUUAAAUUCUCUAAAGCUGUCUCUGACCAUAGUAACCUCCCAGAAAUCGUGAGCAAGGUCCUAACUCAAGAAAUGCAGAAAAUCUUUGUUAAUAAAAACUUGGAAAGUUUUAAUGAAGAAUUUCUCAAACACAAUGCUACCUCCAUUCAGCACCAGCUGUCAGGUGCAAAAAUGAUGUAUUUCCUGGACAAAUCAAGACAAGAAAAAGCAAUUGCUGUUGCUACUAGAUUGGAUAAAAACAUGAGAGACAAAAAUGUGAAGACACUAACAAAGGUUUUUGAAGCACUGCUUGAUGGCAGUUUUGGAAGCUGCCACACUCAAUGUGAAGAAUAUCAAGCAGCAUGUCAUAAACUGUUUCCUUUUACAUCUGCCUUUAUGCCUGCCACGAACGAGGACGAUAGCAGCAUCACAUCUGUGAAUCAUACAGCCCUCAACCACGAUUUCCUGUCCAAUGAAAUCUGAAGCAGGCUGUGCAAGCCUCUGUGUGUGUAUACCUAAAUGCACACAUGCAUACAAAACUCUGACUCAUUACAUGCUGGCUCGAUACAGAUCAGGGUUACUUUUCCAGGUUGUAUUUUAAUAUCUUUAACAGGUAUAAAACAAAAUAUUUGGAUAGUUAUAUGAAAUGGAGUAUGCUAUUAGUUAUUUUUUUCCCCCCCCAACAAAAACUGCCAAUAUUUAUGUAAACAUUAUCUUUAAUCAGCAUUUUCAUGUUUAUACUUGUACAGUUUUAAGUCUUUUAAUAAUCCAUCAGCCCUCUCACACAAAAAAAAAUACAGGUGUUAAAGAUGGCUUUGACAGAAAUGUUGUUACAUAUGCAGAUAAAUGUGAUCAUAUCUUGUUAAUAAAUUAUCAUUUGAGUGGUUUUAGCAGAUUAUGGCUGAACUGCUGCUUGAA